ACAAUAUAUUUCGGUAUAUUUCUGAGGGUAGCAAAUGUGUAGAAAUGUGAACUCCAUACUUGCCAUUUGUUAUUUUAUUUUUGUUUUGUUUGCAUCUGAAGGAUAUCUGAAGCAUAUAAUUAUAAUUCUAUAAUACUAUAUCCUUCUUGCGUUCGGCCAAGAAUUUCGGAGAAUCAGAAUAAAUCAUGAAUGAUUCGGAUUCUGAAUACGAGGAAAGCGAAUACUUGGUUUUUGCGGAUUUCAAAAACCAAUUACCACCUCACACGCUUAAGCACGAGGAUGCUGCCAUUAAAAUUAUAGGAUUGGAAAGCGACAACCCCAUGGCCGAGGUAAAUGGCAGCAUUUUCAAAGGCACCUACGAGCACUCCACAGGGACAAAUGUGUUUUUCGAAAAAGACAUGGAUCGUUCGCCGGCUGACCCGCUAUUCGAGGCAGCCUGUCGACAGAAGUACCAAUACCUAGACAAGUCUGACAAGGUAAUUUCCUUUGAGCGCGCUUAUAUAGAGCACUUGCCGCCAGAACCUGACAAAUCAACAGUGGUGCCAGAUACAAUUACAGAAGACACAGACACGCCGCAGACAACAAAGCUGAAUAUCACCUAUAAGGACGCAAUAAAUAAGUUUGGAGAGGAGAAUUAACUUUGGUAUGUCUGAGCACCAUGGAAAGUUAUCUCGAGACGCUGGAGAGAUCUAUACACUUACGUUAUUUUUUAUUCGAUUACCAAGAGACAACGCCCAAGACGACUGGCGAACUAACUGAUUUGAUUUCAUCGCCAGACGAAAACAGUAUCCAUAUCUUAGAGCCCGGCAAUGAUAUCGUUCGCUCAAAUGAUGUACAUACAUGGCCCCGCAUAAAAGAAUGAACUUACAAAGUCCAUUAAUUGCCGGGGAAUUUGUCUAUCUAGGCAAUCCCAAUAAAUAUCACUAACCGUCCGUCA